AUGCCUCUUAAUUUAGGGAUAUGGCGGAUAGUGGCGUCGGCUUUAGUCAUAUUAUUUCUAUCUCCGAACCAGCGGAUCGACGGAGCACCAGUGGUUCCAUGCUACUUCAUCUUUGGCAAUUCCAAAAACGACAACAGGAACAACAACAGCAUCGAUACAGUGGUCAAGGCGAACUUCCCACCAUUCGGGAUUGAUUACCCAGAUGGUCCAACUGGAAGGUUCACUAAUGGCAAGAGCAUGGCCGAUCUUAUAGCUGGUGUUGGAAUUUUGGAGGAAACCGCGAAGGGACUGGGAAAUUUAGCAACGUUCAAGGACCAGGUGAAUCAGCACAAGGACAGCAUCUCAAGGCUGGUGAAGAUCCUCGGAGGGAACAAGGCAUCGGUCAUGUCUCGCCUCAGCAGGUGCUUGUACCACGUCCAUCUCGGAAACAAUGACUUUCGCGGAAAUUACUACUUACCCUGGCAGUUUUCCAGCAGUUGCAAGUAUGACCCCGGAAUUGUUUGCCAAUCUUCUAGUCGAAACUAUGGCCAAGAGGAUAAGGGUGCGGUAUUUAUUUCUGUACAGCAUGCUAUUGCAGAAUAA